AUGGACGGGAAUGAUGUGGAUUGGUUCAUCUCUCUGAAGAUGCCCACCUUGUCCGGCAAAACAGAAAGUCCUUUCAUAAAAAAUGGUCUUGCUUACUUCUAUGCAGACUCCAACAAUCAGGACUUCCGGAUAUCCCAAAAAGAUAUAAACGAUCCCAAGAGCUCCAUGGGUAUGACCGUAACCCAAGCUAUUGACGCCACCAAAUCUUCGGUAAUAUUUUAGUUGAAAGGUGCACUGUAAUUGUGUUCAGGAUAAGUUCUGGUUAUUUUACAAUGACCAACAACCCGGACGGACGGAUUCUGACGGCCACAGAGCCCAUGCCAAAGGAGUGAUGGCCUUUGAUUCCACACAAGGAUUUUGGUUAAUCCAUUCAGCGCCAAGAUUCGCUGAUCCUGACAAGGCAUACUACUAUCCCCCAACAGGAACCAAAUUUGGUCAAUCAUUCUUUUGUAUGACAUUCGAAGCUGACCAAUUACAUGAGAUUGGUAAAAAAAAGUCUUGUAAUGGUUCCACUAAAUAUUUAUAGGAAGACAAAUCCAUGUGGCACAACUAUCCAUUACCAAAUUUGGAUUCCCAGAUUCUUUCGCUCAAUAUCAAAAGUUGCAAAGAGCUGUAAAACUCGGAAAAUCACUCGGAACAAAGUCAUGCAGCUUCAACAGAACAACGGCACUCAAAACUAAGGGAGGGCAGUGGCUAACCAGUUACGAAAAACAUCGGAACUUUGGAAAAGGUUGGUUUGGACUUGUUUCUCGCAUUACAUGUUGGUUGGGCCCGGUUUUUUCCCCACUUUUUCCGAGCCUUUUUGUCCCCAGACCGGUUCUGUCCCCAGGACGGUUUUGUGCCCACUUUUUUUAUUUUUUUCCUCACACCGAUUUUGUCCCCAGGACGUUUUUGUCCCCAAGCUGGGUAGUUCACUUAAAAAUUAUACAUUUAGAUGUUAAUGCUGUUGGUUUGGUGCAGAGUACUGCUCAAACAACAUGUUCUUAGCGCUUGGUACUGUAUAGUACGAGGUGGUACUGUAUAGCACGAGGUAAAAAUUAAGCUAUAACGCGUGAAUGCCGUUGUUUUGGUAUGCAGUACUGAUCAGAAGUUCAUUUUAUGCAAAAAUAAAUUCGUGCUAUAUAGUACCAAGUGCUAAAACACAUUUUUGAGAAGUACUGGGCUUCAAACCUAUAGCAUUGACGUGUUAUGGCUUAAUUUUUACCUGGUGCUAUAUAGUACCACCUCGUACAUACAGUACCAAGCGCUAAGAACAUGUUGUUUGAGUUUUUAAUUGAACUAUCCAGCUUGGGGACAAAAACGUCCUGGGGACAAAAUCUGUGUGGGGAAAAAAAUUAAAAAAAAAUGGGGACAAAAACGUCUUGGGGACAAAACCGUCCUGGGGACAGAACCGGUCUGGGGACAAAAAAGCUCGAAAAAAGUGGGGACAAAAACGUCCACUACGAACAUGUUUCGUAUAAUUGAACACCCAAAACUUUAAGACUUAUACUCCAAUCAGCUUGUGGUCAACACCAAAAAAGCCUUCUACGUGGAAACUUGGUUGAAUGGACCUAGAGAUUACGCUCCCACAUGUAAAACGGACGAUUUUGUCACCAAUAAUCGCCGAAUUGCACCCGGGGGUGUAGAAUGGUCUAGUGCCUUAGACCACAGUAAAUGGGCCGUCAGCGCAGAACCAGCUACCGUCUGCAUCGGGGACAUUAACAGACAGGUAUGCAAACAUUACAAUUAUUUUUAUUUUAGGCGUCACAAGCCAAACGAGGAGGCGGGACCAUGUGCAUUGAGAACCAAAAAAUCUGGAAGUUCUUCCGCGAUUCCAUAAAGACUCCGGAAUGCUGUGCCAAAGUGCAAGGAGACUGUGAGGCCAUGCCAAGUGACUCUGUAGCCACCGACGAAUAA